AUGCUGACCCUCUUGAAGGCGUGUGAGGCGAUCGUGUCCGCCGCAGUUGUCAAAAAUUAUGAAAGAGAAGAUGUGCAAAAGAAAACAUUCGCGAAAUGGAUCAACUCACAACUUGCGAAGCACGGAAAGUCGCCGAUACACGACUUGUGCGAGGACCUGCGAGACGGCGAGGCACUACUCUCCUUGCUCGAGAUACUGACGGGACAACAAUUUAAGCGAGAGCGAGGGCAUAUGCGCGUGCACAGACUGAACAAUGUAAACUGUGCUCUGCGGGCGUUGGCGACGGCUGGUGUUCGUCUCGUCAACAUUAGCAGCGGGGAUAUCGUCGAUGGCAACCCCAAAUUAGUACUAGGGCUCGUGUGGAGCAUUAUACUGCACUGGCAGGGCCGGCCGUUGACCUCGGACGCGCCACAUUCGACCCUCGAACGUACUCUACUGGCCUGGUGCCGAGCACACACAGCAGGCUAUGAUGGAGUCGACGUCACAGACUUUACGAGCAGUUGGGCUGAUGGGCUCGCAUUUAAUGCGCUGCUGCACCGUUUCCGACCACAUCUCUUCGAUUAUGCAGCGUUGCGAGAUCGUGCGCCCCGCGAACGACUCGAACACGCAUUUACUCUUGCGCACGACCAUCUCGGCAUCGAUCGUUUGCUCGACCCCGAAGACGUUAACACGCCCAAUCCGGACAAGAAGUCAAUAAUGAUGUACGUGAUGUGCCUCUUCCAAUCGCUACCUCACGGUGAGUCUGAGGAGACGGAAGUGUGCGAGGCGACCGCGUCUCGUCCCGUGUCGAGUGCCACGACGUGUUCUGUGGAACUCGGAGCGUAUGGAGCAGCGUUGGAAGAAGCGCUAGCGGCGUUGUUGGCGGGUGAAGAGCGGUUAGCGGCGCAUUCUCAACCCUCUCCAUCGCCGCCCGCCGCGCCGGGCGAGCAUCUCGCACUGCUCAAGGAACGCUUUCAUACGCACGAGAAGUUCCUGCUCGAGUUGUCCGGCCAGCAGUGCCGCGUAGGUGCGGUGCUAGAGGAAGGCGCGCGUCUGCUUCGCGACGGUGCGCUAAGCCGCGAAGAGGCCGGCGAAGUACGACUGCAGAUGCGACUGCUAAACGAGCGCUGGGAGCAGCUGCGAGUGGCGGCUAUGCGCCGCCAGAGCUCUGUCCACGCCGACCUCAUGGCUGCCCAGCAGCGCCAUCUCGACGCAUUUCGACGCUGGCUCACAGCUACCGAGGACCGCAUGUCCCGAAUGGAGGCUGAAGGUGCGGGACUGGCAGAAGCGCGAGCGCUGCACGCGGACCUGCGCACGCAGCAACCGCUCGUCGAUGCGCUGGCCGACUGCGUCGUUGUGGUCGACGACGAGCACGAUCACGAUGAUGUAACAGAAAUCGAGGACCAGCUCCGCGCGCUCGGUGAGCGCUGGUCUCACGCCUGCCAGUGGACGUUGGACCGACUUCGCCGUGCGCAAGACCAGCACGCUGCCGACCAACGAGCCGCCGACUUACGAACGGCCGCCGAAGGCCUCGAGCGGGAUCUCAAGCGCAUGGAAGCCUGUCCCGUCAGCGAAGUGGGCGAGGUACUCGCUCGCGUUGCUGAAUUACAGCGCUGCAGGCGUUCAUUGACCGACACACGUGCGGCGUUAGCCAGUGACGCAAUUGAAGAUGCCGAAGAGCUGUACGAUCGACUCGACGCACUCGACAUGAUUCUUCAGGUGCAGGUCGACCGCAUAAAGGAGCUGGGUUUCGAACUCGAUGCGAGUGCGGAAGAGUCUCCCAAAGACCCGACCGAGUUCGGUGGCACCCAGAAGAAGCCACGACUCGAGCGGGCCGGAGACUUCCAGGUCGGCUAUCGCGCCUUUGAGACGUGGGCUGAAGAAGCCGAAAGGGCGCUGCGAGAGUGCUUGGAACGUGUGUGGACGGCAUCCGCGGACGAAUGGCGAAGCGAAACACGAAAUGAGCUGCAGCGAGUUCAACACGAGAGCGAAGAGCGCCGCAACGACCUCGCCAGUGUCGAAGAGAUACACGCGCGUCUCGCCGCCGACGCUUCGUUUAAAGAGGAGGCGCAGAAGCACGCGGAAAGCAUCGAGUCGUUGCGCCGGCGAUGGGAAGGUAUACGGCGCUCUCUGACGGAGGUUCGCAACGCGGUGAACUUGCGCGAGGACGAAGAGGCGUGGCGGGAUUCGGCCCGCGGCAUUCGGACGUCGAUUUCCGAAGUGCGAGCUUGGCGAGAUCGCGCCGCAUCCGAAUCGCCCUGUGGCACGCUACUCGUGCACACGCGUAAUCGCGCGAGGCUAUUGCGUCAGCUGCAGCCCAGACUCGAGGAGCUCAACGCGCACUCCAUCAUCCUCCUGACGAAGCCCAUCCCGCAGGACCACAAAGACGACAUCGAAGCCGACACGAAACGAAUAAACGACGAGUUCCACGAAAUGUUGACCUUCCUCGGCCGGCGAGAGGUCGAGCCGAACACGCCAUCAUUUCGACCAAAGAGGAGAUGGAGAAGAAAUUGGGGGGGUUUGAGACGGUUGGAGAGGGAGUUCGAGGACAUCCAGUCAUCCUAUGACAAAGUGGUCAAAGAGAAAAAACUCUACGAGCGGGGUAGCGUGGAGGAGCUGAACCUGAGAAGCAGCCUCGAGAAUUUGGUCACGAGGUUCACCGACUCCAAGACAAUUUUGGCUCAAAAAAUACAAAAAUUAGAAAAAGGUAUAGAACUGGUGGCCGGUCUACAAGCAGAUUUGAGUGAGGUGUCAUCGUGGGUUCAGCGUGUCCAGACAUUUGUGGAUGAAGCCCCGACGCCGCCUCUAGGCGACACCGCCGCUCUCGAAGCCCUGCUCAUCAAGAGCAAUAAUUUCGACGAAGAGAAAUCAAACUAUAAGACAAAAUUGGACAGCAUCGAGACCGCGAAGAACACGAUACUAGAAGACUGUGACGACGCGUUUGCAAAAUCAAUCACGGCCGACGUGAAGCUCUUGGUGACCCAAUUCCAUGAAGUGACUUCAAAGUCCUUCCAUUACAACGAGGCCUUGCGUCGCGGCCUAGAGAGGACCGAGAACGCCUUUCGGCGAAUUGACGACAUGGAACGGUGGAUUCAGCAGCUGGAAGAAGAGAUUCCCGCUGAAGAUGAGUGCACCAUCCGUGACUCUGGGGAGCUGUACCAGAUGAAGGCGCGUUUCCAGGCGCUUAAGGAUAAAUGUGACGAUCGCACCGACGAAUUUCGUGACCUUAACGAGGCCGGGAAUGACCUACUGUUGGCAGGUGGAGGGAGCGCACUCGCUCGUCGCCUUACGCACCUAAACGCGCUAUGGACGCGCGGCACGCAUGCCAUCUACGAACGAUACAAAGUAUUAGCGGAAGCUUGGCAUGAGUCUGGUGAGCUCCGUGCCUGGCUGGCGCAGCAGACAGCUUGGCUCGACGGCCUACAACGUAGGUUACGUACUUCCCCAGCUCGGGCUGAUGCAGAGGAAAUCUCCGACGAGCUCUAUGAAUUGGAGAAUUACAUGGCGAACCGAAGUACAGAACGCGUGGAACGCAUAGAAGCUAUCGGGCGACAAUUGAUCGAGGCGCACAUCAUGCCGGGCUGGAUCCAGCACGAAUUGGACACUAUAACAGCACGAUGGACGACAUUGCAGCGCGCAGCAGAAGAGCGAACUAAAGAGUUGGAGGCGGCAGCAGGGGAGGCAGCGCGAAGUCAACUAGCGUUGGAUGCUCUGCAGCAAUGGUUGCGUGACCCUGGACGAAGUGCUGCAGAUCUACCUGCCCAGCGUGCUGCGUUAGCCGCUGUUAGAGAUCAUGAACGAGCCUACCGCGCUGUUGGUAAUAUCGAGGCAGCAGACCGCCUUCGUGACCAGCUGCAGCUUGCUCAGAGUAAGUUGGAUGAAGUCGAAGAAGAGCUGAAGACUGCUGGUUCAGACAUGAUUAGUGGAGACGGGGAGAUAGAGUCUCGGUUAGAGGCAGCAGUAGCCCGGCUGCGUGACGUGCAAAGAGAUGUCACACAGCUAACGUUGGCUAGCGCAGACCCUGAUGCCGUGCGAGCCCAGCUUAGGACCUGCCUGAGAUUUUAUAGGACUCUCAGUGAGAUCAAAUCUGAAGUGGAAACCGUAAUUAAGACGGGUCGAAAAAUGGUCGAGGAGAAAACAGUGGCCGAACCUCAAGACUUCUCGAAGAAAAUCGACGGCCUCAAGGAGCUAUACAACAAGUUGGGUGCGCACGUGACCGAGGCUAAGUCGCGGCUCGAAGGUGCGUUGCUCACGGCGCGAGAGAUGCAGAACGACCUGCAGGCUUUAGGUUCAUGGCUGCGCGGUCUCGCCCCUGCCGUUGGGCCCCAGACCCUAGAGCUCGAGAUGUCGCGAAUGGAGGCCGUGCGGAACAAGCUCAAUGACAAUUUCCGCCAUUUCGCCGCGCUUUGUGAGCCUGCACGCCUGGUAACGCUGCGUGCUCAGAUAGAUGACGUCAACGAGCGUUGGUUGCAGUUGCGCAAGCCUCGUGCUGCAUCAUGCACCGCCGAAGAGUUGCGUCGCCGCCUGGCUGACGUCGAGCGUGACCUUGCCAGUGGGGUACCCGCCUCGCGCUUGGCGAUGGUCGUAGCCGACUUGCGGCCCAGGGUUGCAGAGGUAGAAUCGAUAGGUGACGACACGCUCCGCGACCAAUGGGCGAAAGUUAUGGAGAAAAUAACGGCUGAACAAUCUAACGAGGCCGCUCUCGUUGAGUACGAAAAUAUAACAGACACUAUUAAGAGACGCUUAGAGAGUCCGGUCAAUUCGCCCGACACUGAACGCCCCGAAUAUAAACGAUCUAAAAUACCGCUCGCGUUAAAAAGUCCAAUGCCGAUUAAAAAAGAGGUUCAAGAAGCCGGAAAUAGAAGUCGUGGAUCUUCUAUGGAGAGAAAGAGUAAGAAAGACGACAGCCCUAUGUCUACGAGCAUCACUAGCGUCAUGUCAGCCGACUCUAUUGAAGAAAAUUAUGCAGUGAAUUCCCUGCCAUCUACUCCUAGCACCCCCAAACAAGAUAGCAGUACGUUUAAUCUGCUCAAAGACAGCGAUCUCUUUUCUCAAAUUUCUAAGAAUAAAAUCGAAGCGAAACCAGCAAUCGAAACGAAAAACUCAAAAGACUCCUGCCGAGUCGUCGAAGUAAAAGAACACGAAAUUGUAAAAUCUACCGUUAGUCCCAUUGAGCCAAUGGAGGCGUACAUUUCGGAUACAGUUGAAACUGUGGUUGAAUUCAUUCCGCAGACAGUCGACACUGUCGAGAUUGUUGAUGAUACUGAAGGAGACGACGACGAUGACGAGGAUGCCAGGUCACCUCAGCUUGACUUAGGGUCGGAGCCCAAAACAUUCGUCGUUGAAGUCACAAAGUUAAAUGAGCGUAUGAAGCCUACACUAGGCAUCUUGAAACACAGAAGCGGAAGUGAAGAGAAGAAAAAGACUGUUACCGUAAACGAAGUUCCAGACUUGAUUCCCGACAACGACAACGACGUUUCCAUGGAAACUCCUCCUCCCACGCCGAUGGACGAGUCGGAAGCGCGAGAAUGUCCUUUGCUAUAUGACCUCGUUUUGCGGCAAAAGGAGGCGGUAAAGAAUUUGAUGAGAGAUGAAGUGAAUGAAUAUCUAAUCCUGGACGAAGUGCCGAAGGAGCAGGCGGCCUUACCAGAGCCGUCCGCUACCGCAAGCCUUUCGAACGAGGGACCUGCUGACGAUGUCAUCUACUCCGAAGUAGAGGACAUGCAACAGGUGCGUUUUAACGGCGAGGACCUAGAGGAGCAGCGGCCUACUGCGACAUCCACUCCUCUGAAAGAGGAUCGACCACCCGCCUGCGUAGUCGCCGUCUCCCCCAAAGACCCCACACACUACUCGCAGCUGUCAGAGAAGAGCGAAACAUCUCUUCAGAACAGCGUAGUCAGAAAUAGUGUGGAGGAUGACGAAAAUGGGGAAGGAGAUGAUGUGCAACAGUUUGAAGUGGCGGCGCAGCGCAUGGCGCGGCGACUAAGCGUAUUACUGCUGACGCUUGGUGCCGUUUCUAGUGAGCGAGAUCCAGCCAAGCGGCUCGAGAUUUUGAAGAAUCAAAUGGGGGCAAUUGCACCGGACGCUGUGGCGCUCAUAUCGCGCGGUGACAGCCUUGUAUAUGAGCAAGCCCGUGAACGUCCCGCGCUCGCCGAGCACGUCCGGGCGCACGUACUCGACCGUCUACGAGAUCGCUGGGCUCUCGUCAGCGCCGAGAUCGAGCUCAAGCGCGCCGCUGCUUUGCGUGCUGAAGACGACUGCCGGGAGUUAGCCACCACUCUCGAUCGUCUACGCGCAUGGAUUCGCCGUCCACGCCUCGACGACCUCGCUGAUGCCGAAAAUGAUUAUGAGCGCGUACAGGAUCUCGUGCGUGACCUGCGGGCUCAACGCGUCGCCUUCCCGGAGCGCAUCGCUGCAGAUCUCGGUGCCUCGUUUUGUAGCGCGAGAGACGAUCUCGACGCCGCCCGUCGUAAGGACAGAAAGGGCGAUCACGGCGACGGGGGCGAGGCAGUCACUCGUUUGAAUCGCGCUCGAGCGCUCGUGGCAACGGCGCGGGCGGCCUUGCGCGCACCUCCGCUUGGCGGGCGGGACUUCGACGAGUUCCCGCUGCAGGAGGACGCUCUCGAGAGAGUAAAGUCGUUAGUGGCGGAGGCUGGCACAGCGGCACAGGAAGCAGAAGGAGCGGCACGACGAGGUGGCGGAGAGAGGGUGCGGCGUGUGGCGGAAAAGCUGAAAACCGAGUGGGGUGCGCUAGGGGAGGCGAACGAUCGUCGGCGCGAGUUAUGGACGCGAUGCCAGGCUCGGUGGGCGCAACUAUAUGGGGCGUUGGAAGCCGCCGGCGACCGCCUCGAUGCUAUAGAGCGGGAGUUGGAUGAAGUGCCGCAGGACUCGGACGCGUUGCGCCGCUUAGACGACCAGGCGGCAGAAGUAGUGCAAUCAGCCGCGGAAACAGCAGAGGCGGGACGAAGCGUCGUUCGCGCCUGCAGCGGCGCGCUUGCCCGUGACGUGCUUGAGCAGUUAGAGGCGCUGCGUGAUCGCGCAGCGUCUGCUGCCACUCGUGCUGCUGCUGCCCGCCGACUUCCGGCUGCACGCCGAGCGCUGCUCGCCUCUAGGGACUUGCUGCUUACAACUGCCGCUAAUCCUGCCGACCGCACUAGUCUUGCGGUGCGCCUCACGCUAGUCAAAGCUCGUGAGGAAGAAGUUGGUGCGAGUGCGCGGGAAGUCGAAGAGCUCGUAUCAUCCUCCGGUGAAGAUUCGUCGCGUCACGCUACGGAACUACGCGAUCUCGCUCACGAUUUGCAUCAGGCACAAAGUAAGCUGUCAUCACACGGCGAGUACGUGCGCGGGCGGUUAGCGGCGCUCGACAAACUCGACGCGCGCCUUCACUCCGCCCUCGCCUGGGCACGAGCUGCAAGGGCGAGACCACACACGACAGACCUUACGUUAUCGAUAUCCGAACAAGAGGCGGAGAUGCGUGAAGUGUUGGAAAAUUGCAAUAACCUUGAACGCGAGUGCGGAGCGGCUGGUCAUACGUUGGCGCCCGAUUUACGCCCAUUGGUCGCUGAACUAAGGGGUCAUUGGGACCACUUGCGAGCCCUUGCUACACCAGGAAACAUCACCCAGGUGGAGAGGACCUCCCAGGCGGAACGAAUCAGUGUUCAGAUGGAAAGGAGUAGCACACCAGGCGAAAGAAACAGCUUCCAGUCGGAGAGGAGCAGCACUCCUGGUGACAGGAGCAGUACACCAGCGGAGAGAGCCAGCAGUCCAAUGGCGGAAAAACUGCAAAUGACAAUGGAAAAGUAUUGUAAAGACGAAUCACAAAGCUGCUUUCUGGGACGAGGCGAUGAGUUGGCUAAUAGUGAUGGGCGCAUUGCGGCUGUGUUUGCUUGA